UCAUGGCAUAAAGUGCUGAAUGUUCCUCGAACGUUUUCAGUGAGGGAGGUCAUGCACAAAACCCAGUUCUUUCUCAAGCUGACGAUGCAGCAUUGGCCCAUCCAGGAAUGGCACUAAGAAGUUUUGGGAUUUUAUGCGGACACAUGACAGUGUGUCAAUCCUGAUCUUCAAUACUUCUCGGCAGUGCUUUGUUGUGGUGAAGCAGUUCCGCCCAGCUGUUUACAUGUGUGAAGUAGAAAGGCAUCAUCCUCAAGUCUUUCAGCAUCAGGACAGUGAGAGCUUCUCUCGUCUAGAGGAUCCCUUACCUGCUGUGGAGGGAGUGACCUAUGAACUCUGCGCUGGCAUUGUAGACAAACCAGACCUUUCUUUAGAAGAAAUUGCAUGUGAGGAAGUCUUAGAAGAGUGUGGCUAUCGUGUUCCUGCUACGGACCUAAGGAGGAUCACUUCUUACAGGUCUGGAGUUGGUGUGACAGGUUCUAGGCAGACCUUAUUCUAUGCAGAAGUAACAGACCAGAUGAGAACUGGGGAAGGAGGUGGCCAGUCUGAAGAAGGAGAGCUGAUUGAAGUUGUAGAAAUCCCUUUAGAAGACUCCAUGAAGUUUGCUUAUGAUGAGACUCUCCCAAAGACGAUGGGUGUCAUCUUCAGCUUCAUGUGGUUCCAGAACAACAUAGCACCCAAGCUACCAAAAAAAUAAAAUCAAAACACCGUCAUUUUAAGAAAAGCUUUCCUGUUGGUCCUGUGGAUACAGAGAACUGCCUGCCUCACUCAACUCAUCACAGAGCAAAACUUUCUUGAAAUAAAUUUGGAAGUAAAAUCUGAAUUAAAAUCCUGACCCAAUCUCCAUCAUCAGCAAAACACUUGCUGGCUUCACUGGGGCAGGAUUUGCCUCUGAGAAGCAAAUGUUGAUUUUUCGCACGAAGGCCCAAGUAAAUGUGCCCGGUUCUCCUUUUUCAUGGCGCUGCUCUAGCACCGUAGUGAGGAGUCGCUCAGAACCCCGGUGCAGCUGCUGUACCAGCCUGUCACUGUGCUCUCCGUGUACCGGCAGCUGUGUAUUCACUGUAGUUCCUGAUAUUUUUUUGGGGGGGAAGGCAGCCAACCUUAAUAGCUAUAUGCAUCCUAACUACGUUCCUGAGUGCUGCACAGCUUUCAGGGAGCAGCUUUCUCUGUGGUGUGUAGCUCCUGUCCAGAGAAAACGAUUGCAUUUCCGAACGUGCAAACCUUUAUUCCGGAAGCAAACAUGCCUGUAAAUCCUCCUGCGAGUGGGUUGUUCUGACAAUAGGCCAGCUGUAAGAUCAUGUGCUUCUGUUUGCUCCCACUAUAAUGCCGAGCAGCCGUGAUGGAGGGGUGCAUGGUGGGGGCUUCUACUGGAACACGUGCAGCUUUUUUUUGUUUUAUGGGUAAUAACUUGAUUAAUUAGAUCAAACUUUGUUCUCUAGAGCAGGACUUGAGAGGCCAAAUUCUUUUAAUUUGACUCUGAGGUGACUAACAUAAGGGAUUUCACUGAGGUGUUCUGUGGUCUCAGCUUCCUUAUCGCCCAAAUGGGAAGGCUGGGACUUACCCCUCAGAUAACGCUUCUGGAAAUCUAGUGAUCGGAAGUGCUUUAUUGAGAGAUUUUAUCAUCAUUUGUGCAGUUUACAUUGAAGCCUGUACAACCUGCACAGACGUACUGCGCAACACAAUUUGAUUUAAUAAAGUGGUCUAAUUAGAACGUAUAUUAUUUGUUCUAUCAGCGUAGUUUAGAUGUGGGCUAUUUGUCAUGUGGAACUGUUAAGAGCAUGAAUGAAAGAGAAU